CCUCCCGUUUCCCAGAAUCCAAGAUGGCGGGAUCCAGGCAAAGGGGUUCGCGGGCUGGAGCUCGGCCGCUGUUCUGCGCUUUGCUGCUGUCGCUCUGUCGUUUCGUCGGGGGCGACGGCGUGGGAGGCCACCCGGCAGCUGCCGGCGCCACGGGCACCCCAGGCGCGCAGCCACAUCGGCGUUUCGAGUACAAAUACAGCUUCAAGGGACCGCACCUGGUGCAGAGCGACGGGACCGUGCCCUUCUGGGCCCACGCGGGGAAUGCUAUUCCAAGUUCAGAUCAAAUUCGAAUAGCACCAUCUUUAAAAAGCCAAAGAGGAUCGGUGUGGACAAAGACAAAAGCAGCCUUUGAGAACUGGGAAGUUGAGGUGACAUUUCGAGUGACUGGAAGAGGUCGGAUUGGAGCUGAUGGCCUGGCAAUUUGGUAUACAGAAAAUCAAGGCUUGGAGGGUCCUGUAUUUGGAUCAGCUGAUAUGUGGAAUGGUGUUGGAAUAUUUUUUGAUUCUUUUGACAAUGAUGGAAAGAAAAAUAAUCCUGCAGUAGUGAUUAUAGGCAACAAUGGACAAAUCCAAUAUGACCAUCAAAAUGAUGGUGCUAAUCAAGCUUUAGCAAGUUGCCAAAGGGACUUUCGUAAUAAACCCUAUCCUGUCCGGGCAAAGAUUACGUAUUACCAGAAAACAUUGACAGUAAUGAUCAAUAAUGGCUUCACACCAGACAAAAAUGAUUAUGAAUUUUGCACCAAAGUGGAAAAUAUGAUUAUCCCUGCACAGGGCCAUUUUGGAAUAUCUGCUGCAACUGGAGGUCUUGCAGAUGACCAUGAUGUCCUUUCUUUUCUGACUUUCCAGUUGACUGAGCCUGGGAAAGAGCUGCCUACACCAGAUAAAGAAAUUUCUGAGAAAGAAAAAGAAAAGUACCAGGAGGAAUUUGAGCACUUUCAACAAGAAUUGGAUAAAAAAAAGGAGGAAUUCCAGAAGGACCACCCUCACCUUCAAGGGCAGCCUGCGGAUGAAUUAUUUGAGAGUGUAGGAGAUCGUGAGCUGAGACAAAUCUUUGAAGGACAGAAUCGUAUUCAUCUUGAAAUCAAGCAGCUGAACCGACAGUUAGAUAUGAUUCUUGAUGAACAGAGAAGGUAUGUCUCUUCCUUGACGGAGGAGAUCUCUAAAAGAGGAGCAGGAAUCCCAGGGCAGCAUGGACAGACCACUCAACAAGAACUGGAUACUGUUGUGAACACUCAGCAUGAGAUUCUGAGACAAGUAAAUGAAAUGAAGAAUUCCGUGAGUGAAACUGUCAGACUGGUCAGUGGCAUACAGCAUCCUGGAUCUGCAGGGGGCAUUUAUGAGACAACCCAGCACUUCAAUGACAUCAAAGAGCACCUCCACAUAGUGAAGCGGGACAUAGAUAGCUUAGUGCAGCGAAAUAUGCCAGCAAAUGAAAGACUGAAAUGUCCAGAACUACCGCCAUUUCCAUCGUGUCUAUCUACGGUGCACUUUGUUGUAUUUGUAGUGGUACAAACGGUGUUAUUCAUUGGUUAUAUCAUGUAUAGGACUCAGCAAGAAGCAGCUGCCAAAAAAUUCUUUUGACCACCAUUUUCAUAUGUGUACAUCAUGUAUGUAUGUACAAAAUGUCUUUUUGAGGGAAUUUAAGUAUUUAAAUUGCUUCGUAGUCUAAAUUAUUAAAUUUUGUAUAAAAUAACUGUUUAAACAUUGACUUGAAUAAGAAUAAACCUUAAAGACAACCAUA